AUGUCUUCUUGGUUCAUCGAUUCAAACAAAUUAAAACAAUUUGCAGCAUCAACUUUAAUUAACGCUCAAAAACAAAUUGAUAAAGUUCUUGAUAUUAAAGAAGGAGCAACGCCUUCUCAAACAACAUCAAUACCAACCACUAACGCAAAUGAACCAGUAUCGUCGUCGUCAGAUGUUGUUCAAACAACGGCAGAUGAAUUUUUUACAGCAUUUCUUGGUAGUGAUAAAGAAAAAUCAAAAUCUCAUACGACUCAAACCACACAUAGACAAAUGACUAGAGCUCAGACUCCACCAUAUCGAUCAUCCACAUCUUCUUUAUCAGAACAUCAAUCGAGUGAAAAUAGGGACGUGACAACUAGAACAUCAGAUCAUCUUGUAGAAAUCAGCAAUAAUAAUCAACAACAACAAAAUAGAGAUGAAAUUAGUCAGAAGAAACUAACGACUGAACCAGACGAACAACAGCAGCAACCAGAUAUUGAACAAGAAAACAAAAUUCAAUCAUUCGACAGUCAAGCAAUUUCAUUUCCAAUGAAUGCAUCGGUCUGGGAGGGUUCCUGGAUCGAAAAUGCUAAAAAUAGAAACAGUGAUAAUCAGAAUGAAGUAGCCGAAAUCUCAAGUCAUGAAAAUCAGAAUCAAAUAUCUGAUGAUGAAACAAAGAUUGAUGAAACAACUGAAUCUUCUCCAAUGAUCCAAUCUGCUCUAAUACCUAGUGUGGUGAAUGAUGAAAAUAUGCAAAAAUCAACUGAUUAUCAAAGUUUUUUUCAAUCAGUCAUUGAUUCAAACGAUCAGAGUUUUGUAGAAGAAAAACACGUCCCAAUAAAGACUAUUGAUAUUGAUGAAGAAGAGCACGUCGCAGUAAAGACUACUGAUAUUGAUGAAGAAGAACAAGUCGCAACAAAGACUACUGAUAUUGAUGAAGAAGAGCACGUCGCAGUAAAGACUACUGAUAUUGAUGAAGAAGUGUCAUCUUCAACAUAUUCAACGAUUAAUCAAACUACUGAACCUCAAAAAUUGUUAAAUGAUGACGACACUCCCGUCAACGAUCUACUUGCCGCCUCACCGCUUGACAAUAAUAAUAAUGAUUCAAUUGAUACGAGUUCAACCUCAACUACUCUCACACAUAAUUCUCAAACAGUUAUCACAAGUUCAAGUAGUAGUAGCGGUGGUGGUGGACAAACGCCUUCUACUCUUGAUUCUUCCACUACACUUGUUCCACCUAAACAGUUAGAAAAAUUAACCGUUCGCAUAUCCGAGUCAUCUUCUUCGACAACAACGACAAUAGCUGAAGAUAAAGAUCUUUUAACACCAAAACCAUCUACGUUUGACCAUCCUGAAUUCUUGAAUAAUAAUAGUCCAAUAGACACAUUUUUGUAUGAACAAGAUAUGAAUGAAGAUGAAGAAAUAUCAUUGGCAACAAAAAAUAGAAAUGUCAUUGAUUUAUGGAUGAAUAAAGAGAGUAAUAUUUUAAUGCGUGCUAAUACUAGUAAUAAUCUAUCAUUUUCAACAUCUCCUGCGUAUUUUGAUAAUUAUCCUCCGUCUGAAUUCCAUACAUCAAUGAUAGAACCAACAGUUGCCACACAAGAUCAGAACCAACAAUUAAAAAAAGAUAUUCAACCGGGUUCACCAACACAUACAACAACAUCUUCGAAUGGUCCAGAUAAUACGUCAGGUAAAGAUUCAUCUGCCGAAGAUGAAAAGCAAACAUCGUGUGCAUCGUCUGAUAUCGACAUAAUCUCAAGUCCUUCUAUCAAUGGUGGUUCACUACAUGGUUAUGACAAUUGUCGAGAAUUUGUUAAUGCCAAUAGGCAAAAUAUCAGAGAAGUAGUUGUUAAAUUUCCGCAUCAAGGAUUAAAACAGCAAACUCCUAAUACGUUGAAUAUGCCAACGUGGUCUAGUUUAAUUGAACAGUCAACAGCCGAUCAGAUGCUUCUAGAUAGUCAAGAUGAAUUUGAACGACCAUUGUCUGACGAAGAACAAAAAAAUCAUACAACUAAUCCAUCUGUCUCCAAAGAAUUAUCGGACAUCAAGAAAAAGCUAGAAUUAAAAGAACAAACAAUAUCUAAAUUGACAAAUGAAAAUUUAGAAGUACGAAAAACAAAUCAAACUUUAAAACAAUCAUUGGCUGAAUCAGAAUUAAAAUUAGUGAAAAUUACAAAUGAAUUUCAACAAACUAUUGAAAAUCUAACGUUGCGUUUAGAACAGCAAAAACCUAUUGUACAGGAUCGUGAUAAUUUGCGUAAACAACUGGACACACUUCAAAAAGAAUUAUUUGACAGUUCAACUGUCUCGGGAAAUACAUUGAAUAUUCUGAGAGAUAAAGAAGAGCAAAUUCAACAAUUAUUAGAUGAAGGAGAAAAAUUAUCGAAAACACAAUUGCAACACACAAAUAUAAUUAAAAAAUUAAGAACAAAAGAAAAAGAAAUGGAAUUGACCGUUAAUACUCAAAAUGCUAAAAUAGAAAAAUUAACAACAGAACUUGAUGAUUUAAAAAAAUCCUCUGAAGGACGUGAUGAAACAGACAAACAAUUGAGAGAAAACCUUAAAAAAUACGAAAAAAAUAUACAACAUUAUGAAAAAGAAUGUUUAUCGUUAAAAAGUUUACUGGAAGAUGCUGAAGAACAAAAUCGUAGUAUGAAAGUAGCAUUAGAAAGUUCCUACAGAGAUAUAACUGAAUUAAAUAAAACAAAAGCUGCUAGUGAGAGUAAAGUUGUUGAAGCAACAUUAUCAGCUGAAAUUGUAUUAAAAGAAGAAAUUCGAUUAGCAAUUGAUAAAGAACGUUUACAAUCACGACAAGAACAAGAAAAAUUACACAUAACAAUAGAUGAUUUAAGACAUACGAUACAACGAACAGAACAAAAUUUAUCGCGAAGAGAACAACUAUUAAGACAAGAAAUCAAUGAUUUAAGACAACGUCUUCAAGAAGCUGAAGCAAGAAAUGAAGAAUUAACACAAAAUAUUUCACAUGCUACAAGACCGUUAUUAAGACAAAUUGAAAAUCUUCAAACAACAUAUUUGGCACAAAUUAAUUCAUUAGAGAAAGCAGAAAAACAAUUAACGGAUAGAUUAGCUGAUAUGCAAAUGCAAUAUGCAACAAGUAUUGAACAUGAACGAAUAGCUAAUGAAAAUUUACAUGAAUUAAAUACAAAAUUGAAAUUACUCGAAGCACAAUUAAAUACAUUGAGACAAGAAAAAAUGAAAAAUAUAUCUGAAAUAGAUGUACUCAAAAUGAGAUUAUCAACAUUUGAAGAUACAAAAUUAAGAGAACGUAGUCAAAUGGAAUCAAUGCAAGAAGCAUUUACACAACAAAUCAAUAGUCUUAUACAGGAAAAAAAACAAUUGGAAAUGGAUUUUGAAUUGGAGAGAAUUAAAUAUGAUAAUGAUUUGAAAAAAUUACAAUUUGUUCAAGAUUCAUUACGUGAAAGACAAGAAUUAUUAGAAAAUCGACAAUUAAAUCGCACUGAAUCAAAUUUAGAAACAUUGUCAUCUCAACGUAGUAGACGUUCAUCUCAAACUGAAACAUCACUAUCAAGUACAAUAUUACAAUCUGAACAACGUAGUCCAUUUAUUCCAACACCAAAACCGUCGGUUUAUGAAGCAUUGCGAAAUACAGGUGCUAUCGCUGUCCUUGAAAGCUUAGAAUCACAAUUAAAAGAAAAAGAAGGAGAAAUUGCUUUAUUACAAAGUGAAAUAGCCGAUUUGGAACGUACAAGAGAAUCGAUGGCGCGUGAAUUAGUGAAUUUAUCAAAUCAGAAUGAAUUAUUACAAUCACAAUUACGUGAUUAUCCAACAUUAGAAAUAAAAUUCAAACAAUUUCAACAACGUUAUGAUGCAUUAUUGACAAUGUAUGGCGAAAAACAAGAGGAAGCAGAUGAAUUACGAUUAGAUUUACAAGAUGUUAAAGCGUUGUAUCGUGCUCAAAAUAUAAAACAAUUGAAAAAACGUCAGAAAAAAAUAGAACUAAGCAUGAAAUCUGAUACGGAGGCAGCGGAAUGA